CUCCCCGCCGCUCGCCCCUCCGCCCGGCCGCUGCGGCAGUGUCUCGGAGGCGGGCAGGCGGCCGGUCCCUCCGGUCCCCCCGGCAGCAUCCCGGCCCCGCCAUGGCUGGCGUCGGCUUCGCGGCGCACCGCCUGGAGCUGCUCGCCUCCUACCAGGACGUGAUCGGCGAGGACAGCCCCACCGACUGGGCCCUCUACACGUACGAGGAUGGCUCUGAUGACCUGAAGCUGGCAGCGUCAGGAGGCGGAGGUUUGCUGGAGCUCUCCGGCCACUUUGAGAUCCAGAAGGUGAUGUACGGCUUCUGCAGCGUCAAGGAUCCCCAGGCUGUGCUCCCCAAAUAUGUCCUCGUCAACUGGGUGGGCGAGGACGUGCCGGACGCCCGCAAAUGCGCCUGUGCCAGCCACGUGGCCAAGAUCGCCGAGUUCUUCCAGGGCGUGGACGUCAUCGUCAACGCCAGCAGCGUGGAGGACAUCGACCCAGGGGCCAUUGGGCAGCGGCUCUCCAACGGGCUGGCCCGCGUCUCCAGCCCGGUGCUGCACCGCCUGCGGCUGCGGGAGGACGAGAACGCCGAGCCUGUGGGCACCACUUACCAGAAAACCGACGCCACCGUGGAGAUGAAGCGGCUCAACCGGGAGCAGUUCUGGGAACAGGCCAAGAAAGAGGAAGAAUUGCGUAAGGAGGAGGAGCGGAAAAAGGCCCUGGACGCCCGGCUGCGGUUCGAGCAGGAGCGGAUGGAGCAGGAACGGCUGGAGCAGGAGGAGCGGGAGCGGCGCUACCGGGAGCGCGAGGAGCAGAUCGAGGAGCACAGGCGGAAGCAGCAGAGCAUGGAGGCAGAGGAGGCCCGGCAGCGCCUGAAGGAGCAGUCCAUCUUCGGGGAGCAGCAAGAGGAGGACGACAGGCAGCAGCUCAGGAAAUCAGAGUCAGAGGUGGAGGAGGCUGCUGCCAUCAUCGCUCAGCGGCCCGACAACCCCCGGGACUUCUUCAAGCAGCAGGAGCGGGUGGCAUCGGGCAGCAGUGACGCCGUCUCACCGGGCAGCCACAGGACAGGUCGUCUGCACUGUCCUUUCAUAAAGACAGCUGACAGUGGGCCGCCUUCUUCCUCCUCCUCCUCCUCCUCCCCCCCGCGGACCCCCUUCCCCUAUAUCACCUGCCACCGCACCCCAAAUCUCUCCUCUUUCUUCCCAUGCAGCCAGUCGGACGCCUACCGCAAGGCCUCGGCAGCGGGCUGCAGCCCCUGCGAGUCCAGCCCGGCCGCCACGCCGCUGGGCGAGCCGGGCACCCGCGCGUCGGGCAACGAGACGCCGGCAACGCCCAAAGACUCCCCCAGCCCCAGCACCCAGGAGGUUGGGCCAGCCAUCCCUGAGCAGCACUGGCCCUUCCCAGGGCCCGAGGACAAGGCCACCGAGCCCCCCGGGGACGAGCCCAGCCCCAGGCCGGUGUGGACAGCAGGGGGUGACUCCCUGGGGGACCUGAUGACCCUGGAGCCUGCCGAGCCCUCCCCGUUACCUGUGGCUGCCGAGCCCCAGCCGGGGGAGACCCCCAACCCCGAGAGCCUCAUCGACCUGUGGCAGAGCGAUGGGGCGAACCCCCCCGCUGCCUGGCCCCUGCCUGCUGCCCCUGUCCCCGAGGGCCCCCCCGCCACGCUGCCCGACGAGGGGACCCUGCUGAGCCUGGACGAGCUGCCCGAGCCCCCUGCCACCUUCUGCGACGCGGAGCAGGAGGAGGAGGCGGCAGCCGGUGGCGGUGACACCCAGCCCCGGGGGCUUGGCUGCCAGCGUGCCCCCCAGGAGGACGCCCCGGGCCGAGAGACCCCCCCCAUCACCAAUGGGGAGAUGGCCCCCAAGGACGGGACGCCGGGUCGUGGGGAGCAGGCCAGCGAGGGCUAUUUCAGCCAGUCCCAGGAGGAGGAGGUACCCCCCCCCGAGGAGCCAUCGGCCAAAGCCCCCCAGCCCAUCUUCUACAACAAGCCCCCAGAGAUUGACAUCACAUGCUGGGAUGCGGACCCCCUGCCCGAGGAGGAGGAGAGCUUCGGGGGGGGCCUGUAAGCCCGGGCCCCGCUGCCGGCGCAGGCAGCCCGCCCCGGCCGGUGUGGGGUAUGAGGGGGCCACAGCCGGGGGCCGGGCCCCCCCCCCUUGCCCCAUUGGGGCCCCGCAGCAUGAGGCCUCCGG